AUGGUGUCUGGCACCGGGACGACGGCUGACUGUGAGGACGCGGAGCUGCAGUGCCGUGUGGCGGUGGAGGAGCUGAGCCCGGGCGGGCAGCCGCGGAAGCGCCAGGCCCUGCGCACGGCGGAGCUGAGCCUGGGUCGGAACGAGCGCCGGGAGCUGAUGCUGCGGCUGCGGGCGCCGGGACCCGCGGGCCGGCCGCGCUGCUUCCCCCUGCGCUCCGCGCGCCUCUUCACGCGCUUCGCCGCCGCCGGGCGCAGCACGCUCCGGAUCCCCGUCGAGGGCGCCCCGCGGGCGGGCACCGUGCAGCUGCUGCUCUCCGACUGUCCCCCGGAUCGCCUGCGCCGCUUCCUGCGCACCCUGAGCCUCAAGUUGGCUGUCGCCCCGGGGCCCGGCCCCGCCUCUGCCCGCGCGCAGCUGCUGGGCCCGCGCCCCCGAGACUUCAUCACCAUCAGCCCCGUGCAGCCCGAGGAGAUGCGGCGUGCAGCGGCCUCCCGGGCUCCGUCCACUGGGUCGGUGAAGCCGAAACAGCCGAUGGCAGGAGGCUCUAAGACACCCUCAUUUCCCUCCCAGGAAACCCCAAAGUGGCCUCUGCCUGUGAAGAGGCUGAGCCUGCCCCGCUCCAAGCCACAGCUGUCUGAGGAACAGGCUGCUGUGCUGAGGGCUGUUUUGAAAGGCCAGAGUGUUUUCUUUACUGGGAGCGCAGGCACCGGGAAGUCCUAUCUGCUGAAGCGUAUCCUGGGCUCACUGCCCCCAACAGGUACUGUGGCCACUGCCAGCACUGGGGUGGCAGCCUGCCACAUUGGGGGCACCACCCUCCACGCCUUUGCAGGUAUUGGCUCAGGCCAGGCUCCUCUGGCUCAGUGUGUAGCCCUGGCCCAGCGGCCCCGUGUGCGGCAAGGCUGGCUGACCUGCCAGCGCUUGGUCAUUGAUGAGAUCUCCAUGGUGGAGGCUGACUUGUUUGACAAGCUGGAGGCCGUGGCCAGAGCCGUUCGGCAGCAGAACAAGCCCUUUGGUGGGAUCCAACUCAUCAUCUGUGGGGAUUUCCUGCAGCUGCCGCCAGUGACCAAAGGCUCUCAGAGCCCUCAGUUCUGUUUCCAGGCCAAGAGCUGGAAGAGAUGUGUGCCAGUGACCCUGGAGUUGACUGAGGUGUGGAGGCAGGCAGACCAGACUUUCAUCUCUUUGCUGCAGGCCAUAAGGCUGGGCAGGUGCUCCGAUGAGGUCACCCGCCAGCUCAGAGCCACAGCUGCCCACAACGUGGGGCGAGACGGAAUUGUGGCCACGAGACUCUGUACUCACCAAGAUGAUGUAGCGCUAACUAAUGAGAGGCGGCUGCAGGAGCUGCCAGGUGAAGUACAUAGCUUUGAGGCUGUGGACAGUGAUCCUGAGCUAGCCCGGACCUUGGAUGCCCAGUGUCCUGUUAGCCGGCUCCUUCAGCUAAAGCAAGGGGCCCAGGUGAUGUUGGUGAAGAACUUGGCAGUGUCUCGAGGUCUGGUGAAUGGCGCCCGAGGGGUGGUAGUGGGGUUCGAGGCAGAGGGAAGAGGGCUGCCCCAGGUACGGUUCCUGUAUGGAGUCACUGAGGUCAUCCACGCAGAGCGCUGGACAGUGCAGACUACCGGGGGCCACUUCCUCAGCCGGCAGCAGCUGCCCCUCCAGCUGGCCUGGGCACUAUCCAUCCACAAAAGCCAGGGCAUGUCUCUGGACUGUGUGGAGAUCUCUCUGGGCCGUGUGUUUGCCAGUGGUCAAGCCUACGUGGCCCUUUCCCGGGCACGCAGCCUACAAGGGUUACGUGUGCUGGACUUUGACCCCAUGGUGGUUCGCUGUGAUCCCCGCGUGCUACAUUUUUAUACUACCCUACAGCAGCGCAGGGGUCUCAGUCUGGAGUCUCCAGAGGAUGAAGCAGCCUCAGACCAAGAGAACUUGGACCCAAACCUGUGACCUUCACAUAGAAGACAAAGAUGGAUUCCAAACACUCUGGAUGCCUUAAGGGUUCUCAGGGAGAUCCUGCCUUCUGACAGGGUUAAGGGACAUUGCUUCUCAACUACUUGUUAGCUGUGCCUCAGUUUCUCCCCUGUAUCUUGGGUGAGCUGUUUCCAGUGUAAUCCUCUGUAAUCUUCUCUAUGCCAAUUGGGAAUGAUGACAGAGGGCAGAGCCAAGGGUCCUGAACACCAGUCCCUCUGGGCAGCAGGAGGAGGAGGAGGCAGGGAAGACAGGUUCUCUGGGAGCAGUAUCUGGCCUCUCUUAACAGACUGUGUUUAGUCUGUUUAACAUUACUGUGACAGAAUACCCUAUGGCUGGAUACGUUAUAAA